GGGGGUUACCUCUCCCUCAUCACCCCUGGAAUCUACGCCCCUGAGGGGAAGUAACAUGAGACCGCUGUGCAUACUAGAGCAUUUGGUUUGCACCUCACCAAGGUCUGCACUAGUAGUUAUCUGAUCAUGAAUUACCUGUGGCAAUGUUUUUUUAUUUUUAUUUUUAAAGUUGCCACAGCACUUGGGAUACCUGAAGAUGGUAAAAAAGUUGUGUUUUUAUUAUUCUAACUCGAGAACAAAACAAUUGUGUAUUAUAAAUUCCUUACUAGUUAACUAAUAUAUUUAUUCUAAGAUUCUUUAGUUCUGAGCACAUAAAUUACAUUUUCACUUUUUUUUUUUAUUCUUUUUUUUUUUUUUAUUAUUGUAUAUAGAUAUCGAAGUUGAGUGUGAACAUUCUGUGGAAAGUGGAUAAAUCCAUGACUGUGAAUCCCGUUCGUCUUUUCCUGGGUAGCUGUUUUCCUUCACUGUUCUCAAAUGUCACAGAUGAUGGAGCAGUUGCAGGCUUUUACUAUCUAAUUGAUGUGUGUUUGACAGGUCACACCCAGACUUCUCCAGGACACUCAAUCCCAAUUCAGUCCCAUAAUUGCUCAUGGAAAAACAAACUCAAAUCUGUCUUCAGGCCAGAGGGUUGGACCCCUCCAUUCCAGAGCUAUUCUAACGAUGUAAUACAAGAUCAGGGAGAACUGGCCUUUCACAUGGCAAUUCUCAAUUAUGAUUUCAGUGGCCUUGCAGAGUCCAAUGUCUUUCCUCUAGGUUCUUUUGUUCCUAUUUGGGCUGGGGUGGAACAGCAAGCCCAUCAGCCAUUGGUGCUGCUCCUAGAAGAAUGUGUAGCCUUCACAACACUGGAGGUCUAUCCAGACACCCUUACAUACACACUCAUCACCAAUAAAGGGUGUAAAUUGUGAUUGAAUAUUUCCAAUGACUAUUUUCCUUUUCUGAUGGUAUUUAGUGGCCAUGUUUCCAUAGUUGACUGUAAAACAAUGUGAAUCCAUCAUAGGUGUCUUGUGGAUGGUAAGAACAGUUUCUCCAGGUUUUAACCAAGGUACCAGUCCAACUCAGUCUUGCUUCACCUUCAAGCUUUCAGAUUUGCUUUGGGACAAGAGGUGUACAUCCAUUGCAAAUUAAUCGCUUGGGACCCUGACGAUUUUAAUGAAUUGAGGAAGGCCUGCAAUUAUAAUAAAGACAUGAGAGAGUGGGAGCUUUUAGAUGACACAUCCCAGAAUGCUCUUUGUCAAUGUUGUGAUUCCACUUGUACAUGCCAUGCAAAGAGGAGCACAGAUCCCGGUAAAUCGUGACAUAUAUUGUCCACUAUAGUAAUAGUAAUAAUGUUAAUCACUGCAAAUUUAUAACAUGGGUUUAAAUUCACAUGCAAAGUUUUUGGACCACCACACAUCAAUGGCUGGUUCUAAACUCCAUUUUAGGAUCUGUGAUAAUUACUGAAAAUUGACCAUGAUGUUACCCCAAUGUGCAAGCCUUUUACUGGAAGCAUAGGUUUGUUCCCACAAUCCCAUUAUUAUAAUCAUAUAUUAUUUAGCAUAUUUUUGAGUUACAUUUCAGUGUAUUUUUCAUGUUUUUGCUUUUUUCCUUGUUGAUAGACUGAAUGGUGGUUUGGUGGUGGAGCUGAUAGUAGCUGACAGGUCCAUGGCAGUGGUGGUUAAUCUAUACAUUGUAUUCUUUAGAGAUGAAUGACCCAUGUGUGCAGUAAAAUAAUCCUCCUAUCAGGUGCUGUAUUCCCAGUUGGAGGGAGUCAUAAGGAGUCCGCUGCAUCUUUAACACCUUUUCUUAUUGCCCAAUAAAAGACUGAAACAUCUCUGAGUCUAUUAUUUUAAACUGUUUGCUCCUGUUCUGAUCUUUUUUUCACUUUAUGUACCCCAGCACAGCACCCGCUCUCCCUUACUUAACAAACCUGCUUAAACAAAUCAUCUUAUUAGUAAAGGCUCCAAGACAUUAACUGGGUGUGAGUUUAAAACUGUAAAGGACCAGGAUUGAGAACUACUGCUAGUAGGUGCCACACCAGUUCUUUUCUCUGUGGAAUACAAAAUUAGAUAUUAAGCAGAGUGUUAGCUUCAUUCAGUAUUUAAUUUCAUUGUUAGAAAAAAAUAAGAUUAAAAAAAAAAAAAAAAAAUGCAUUGAAAUUGAAUGGUGACUGAGGCUGCCUUUCUGGCUAACAUCUCCAUUUGUGUUCCACAGAAGAAAGUCAGUCAUAUUGCUUUAGAAUGCAUAAAGAUGAGUAAAUCUUUUUUAAAAUUUUUUAUUUUGGGAUGAACUUUCCCUUUAAGUAUGAGUGGGCUGGCUUUAAUUUAUGUUGUAGUAACCCUUUCACUUUCAAUAUUGCUUAGCAGUUGGACAAGUUCACAGACAAUUCCGAUCAAUGCAAACAGCAUAAACUAACCCACUGUUUGUUAGUUAAAUCUGUCAUUGUUUCCCCAAAGUUUUUAAUUUUAAAUUUGGAAGCAUUGCAUUACAUGCAACUUUAAAGGUGCACUCAGUAAGUUUUGUCUUUGUGUCAUCUUGGACUUACACUGACACCUAGUGGCUUGGAUGCAGCAUAAUUUAAAAUCAAUAGUUUUCAGUUUCAGAUGCCAUUGUAGAAAUUUAGUAUUCACAGUCAGCCAUGAUUACUUUAAUCAAUGAGUGAUAGUGCCAAAUAACAGGACAGUUACGCUAGUAUUCGGCUGGCCAUGUGAUUCUAACAUGGCAGCCCCCAUGUGUGGACCCUCUCCAUGUAGAAUAAAUAUAAGUUUACUGACAUGACUGGAGUCUUCAUUUUAAUGUGAGUGGUCACAAUUUCCUACAUAUACUGCAAAAUUACUAUUCAUGUCUUUAAGAGUUAAACUCUUUUAAUGAGGAAAAAAGUACUGAAUGCAACUUUGAAUGAGCAAUGAAUGCCACAGUGAUCAGAGCCACACCAAUAGCAGCUGAUGGCCAUUAAGCUCAUCAAGACACUUCAGUUCAGAAGCGAAUCCUUUAAUAAGCUUAGCUAUCAAAGUGCAUAAGUAUGUCCUUGAAUUAACCAACAGUAUAUUGUCAGAAUGCCUUCCUUUUUGAUAUUAGUUUUUUUAAAUCUGGCUGUUUUCUUAGUGGUGGAAGCAGGUAAUUGGAUAUGACUUGCAACUAGAUGAAGCAUUUUAACACCAAGCUUGUAGUAUUAACAUUGCACACUAUUGCUCAAUAUUGUGCUCAGUGUUUCUUAAUUCAGUUUCCAAAUUCACUUCUCUUCAGCGAUCAAUGUGGAUUGUGGAAAAAAUUCUGUGUCUGUGCGAUGGGCUGAAGCAAACUCGCAAGUGGACCCAUCAUUUCUUCGGCUGGGUGAUUGUCCUCCAUCCCAAAUUUCUGUGAAACCCAGUGGCUCGGAGGCUGUGUUUAAUGCUGAAUUUGGGGCCUGUGGUAUUAGGAGGCUGGUGAGUUUGGAGAUCUGUUGAAUAACUUAUUUUGCCAUUUGACUGACUUCUGUGUUCAGAAGUGUUACGUUGCUCUUGUGCGUGUGAACUGUUGUGUGGCAAAUACUGUUUGAGAAUGAGACCAAUGGCUCUUCAAGGGAAUGCAAACUGUCCUCCAUUGGGCUGUAUUGAAAUCUUGGGAUGAUAUAUCUUACUGAGACAUUUGUACUGUGUUUUGAUUACUUCCAAGGAUUGGCACUUGUGACAUAAAUCAGUCUUCCCCUGCUUUCUCAAAAGAUAACUUUCUUAUCCAAUAAUCACAAAUGACUGAUUGGUCCCCCCUUAUUAGCACUGAGAAAAGUAAUGUGUAUCAUGUGACAAUGCUGCUUGUAUGUGUUUGCUUCAGUGGUGUGGAUGAAAAUGGGUUGCACUUGGGAUAAUGGGUUUUAUUUUUUAUUUUAUUUUUGGCAUGUAGUAUGUUCUCUGUACGACUUACCAUCCCUGUAAUAUCAACUGAUAUGAUUACUGUUAAUAUCAAAGGAAGCAUCAUUGUAUUGGAUUUAGCUUUUUGCCUUUUUCUACUGCUCUUUCCUGUUUCUGUGAUGAACUUGUGGCCUAGUGGACAUUUUGCCAUGUUUCUUCCCAUUCUUAGGUGACAAUGGAUCAGAUUGUUUUUCAGACCGAGAUCACUUCUACCACUUCAUUGAAAACUACACCGGUUUAUUAUCCUGUCUCCUGUGCUUAUGAAAGGCCAGAAAACUGGGCACCUCCUUUGUAUGAUCCUCUGCUCUUUCAAACACAUGGCCAGGGAGAUUUGGCCUUUCAUAUGGCGCUCAUGAAAGAUGAUUUUAGUGGUGUGGCCACUUCCACAACCUUUUCACUGGGCUCAAUGAUCCCAAUCGCUGCCUCAGUAGACCAGCAGUCCCAUCAGCCAUUAAUGCUGCUCUUGGAAGAAUGUGUGGCAUCUACAACACCAGAGAUUGGUCCAGAUUCUCAUAUUUACCCACUCAUCACCAAUAAAGGGUAUGUUCAGAGGCUAGUAGUGCUCUUUUCCACUUCAAGUCUGGCUGCCUUUCUGAAUUAUCUGAUUUUUAUCUUUAGGUGUCUGGUAGAUAGCAAAAAGACCAGCUCAGUGUUUCUGCCAAGAAGCCAAUUGUCGGAGAUCAGGCUAAAUCUUCAAGCCUUCAAGUUUGCCAUCGGCGAGGAUGUGAGUUCACUGAAUUUAGUUGUCUUUUGUGUUGGUGUUGCAUUUUAUUUAAUAUUAUGCCAUCCUAAGGUCUACAUUCAUUGCAAGCUUGUGGCAUGGGAUCCAAGAGACCUGGAUGGUGGCAAGAAAGCUUGUCAAUAUGACAAGUCCAGCUCCAGGUAUAAUCAUAGAAGUUUGAAUAUUUUCCUGCCCUUUGUAACCAUAAUGAAUGGUCCUGUUUCUUUUUGCAGAUGGCUGCUACUUGAUGAUCCUUCCCAGAGUUCUCUCUGCAGCUGCUGUGACACUAAAUGUCGAGGAAGAAAGAAAAGAGGAAUAACAGCUGAUUCCUUAAUGUUGAAUUCUGUGCUUGGGCCAUUGGUUAUUAUUGGAAACUGAGGGCUGGAUUAUGCUUCACAUAAUGGAUCAAGGUUUGUCAUUUUAUUAAAUGUGUAUAUAAUUUUUCUCUUCUGCAAAUCAUUUCAUGUUGAAUUAUUUUUAAAGAUUGGUGCCUCCAAGCCACUGGAUUUGAUUUUGGAGAUCCUGUUCUACCUAUGCCUGCUAAUCGGUUCUGUUUCAUGGGAUGAAUAAACUUUAUAAUAAAGUG